AUGGCGGAGGCGGGGCCCGGGAACCAUGGGUACCAAAACCAAGCAAAGUUUGGUGCUUUCAGCUAUUUUUUAUGCCUAUUUCUCAAGCUCCAUGUUUCCAGUGCAACUGACUCCGUCACUGCAAACCAAUCUCUCUCCGGUGAUCAAACCAUUGUCUCUGCAGGUGGGAUUUUUGAGCUCGGUUUCUUCGAAUUAGGUGGCCGCUACUACAUCAGUACAUGGUACUACAACCAAGUGGUAUCUGCGAGUACCAUAGUUUGGGUGGCGAAUAGGGAGCAACCGGUCUUCGAUAAAUUUUCUUCAGUGUUGAGGAUCUUAGACGGUAAUUUACUUCCCUCCAAUGAGUCAAAAACUCCAGUUUGGUCCACAAAUGUGACCUCCAACAACUUCUCUUCAGUAAAAGCAGUUCUAUUGGAUAGUGGGAAUCUUGCAUUCUUUGAUGAAUCUAUUUCAUCCUCAGAGCCUUUAUGGCAAAGCUUUGAUCAUCCGACUCAUACAUGGUUACCCGGAGGUAAAAUUGGAUUCAACAAAAUUACCAAACAAACCCAAAUUCUCACUUCAUGGAAGAAUUCCGAGGAUACUUCACCAGGUCUUUUCUCUCUUGAGAUGAACCGAGAUUAG